CUCGAUUCGUUUGGUAAUCACAGUACCGUUAGGAGCGUUGGGGUGGGGACAUGGCAAUCGUGUCCAUGAGCGCCAUGGUCGCGUUCCUGUGCACCUUUCGCGAAUGGAGAAAGUAUCACUUCAUCCUGUGUGUACUGAACUGCAUGCAUUACUACUGUGCUGCGUCCAAGCCAACGCUGUACUAUCAAUCCACGCCCUUAACCAAACAAUUGCUGGAGCACUGCUCGCUGCUUGUUGAAAAGUACCAUCCGACAUGGUUCCUCUUCAAUGGGCAUUUGCAGACAAUCUUUUUGGCACUGGGGAGUCGAUUUCCUGUAGUCACAUACUCCCGCGAGUACGUGCAUUUGGCAGACGGCGGACUCGUGUCAUUAGAUUGGGCGAUUCCGCCAACAAAAUCGACGUCGUAUGUAGAGCAACACCACGACCAACCUACCGUCUUAUUACUUCAUGGAACUUGCGGGGGCAGCUGGGAGAAUUACAUUCGGAAAGCUGCCGACAAACUCAUGGAGCACGGAUGGCGCGUCGUCGUGAUGAAUGCCCGAGGUUGUGCAAAAACCCCCGUCCUUACACCUCGUCUCUUCAACGCAGCCGACACCGAUGACAUUCGUCAAGUCGUCACGCACCUUCGCCGAAAGCAUGCGCCAACCGCGCCGUUGCUGGCCGUGGGAUUCUCAUUGGGUUCGAAUCUGUUGGUCAAAUUUCUUGGCGAGGAGCGCGACAAGUGUGCGUUGGACGCUGCAGUGUCGGUGGGCAACCCGUUCGACGCGAUGGAGAUUUACCGUCACUUGCACCACUCGUCGCUGGCCACCCAUCUCGUGUACUACCGCGCCAUGACGAAGCGCUUUCUCAAGUUGUUUUUCGAAGAGUCCAAUGUCCAUGAACACUUUGCCGACCACCCCACCGUCGAUAUUGACAAGAUGAAAAAGUGCGACACGAUGUGGGACGUCGACCACGCGAUGACGCUGAAGGUGUUUGGGUACAAGAGCGUUGUCGAGUAUUACCGCGAUUGUUCGUCUGCUCCAUAUUUACCUCACGUUCGCAUUCCCUUGCUCUGUCUGUCGGCGAAGGACGAUCCUGUCUGUGUAUCCACGGCCAUCCCCGUCGAAGACUGCCUGGCGAACAAACACGUGAUCCUGGCUGUGACAGAGCGUGGUGGUCACUUGGGGUUUUACACGGGCGACGGCAUCUUGUCGUAUCCAGAUACGUGGUCAGCUAAAGUUGUCGCGCAGUAUUGCGACGCAAUGAGAGACAUUGUCGUGUCUCGAACGAAUUGCAUGUCACCAUCUUGGUCGUCCACAGGCCACAGUGACGAUAACAACCCGAUCGAACGACUUCCAGCCAAGGUCCAUCCAGUCCCGCAGCCUCGUGGCCCACUCUCCCCCGUGCGGUUUCAGCACCAAAACUCGUUUCCAAGCGACCUUGUCGACGAGCUCGAACUGUGCGACGGUGUGCCGCUCCAUCGUGUGUUUAGCUUUGGCGCUGCUGUGGCUUGUGCGUACUUCGUGAAGAAAGUUGAGCUCGUUGCAACAUCCUGGCGAGGUCGAUUGCGCCGUGCAUGAAACCAUUCAAAAUGCUGCUUUGAUCUGCAGAACGUGGACUCGAACGCCAGGGCUCCGAUGUGACUGUUGGAACGGCAAGUGUUACGGAUCCAAUACAUUGAAAUUAAAUACACUAUUGACACGAGAUGCCCUACCACGCCAGGCCCAUGUUGGCAAACGGCGUCGCCCGACGCUGGCUAGCCGCGUAGCUGCGCGGAAAGAACGGGUUGUACACUGCUCUGGCACGAGGAAUCCGAACUUCGACGACACCGCCAGCAGCACGACGAAGGGUGGCGCCGUGAAGGUUGAACAAGUGACUCGGAAAUGAUUCGGCGAUGACGAAGCGUCCGAACGUGGGUUGACCCGUCAUCCGCAUCACUUGCAAGUCCCGUGGAGUGGGAAGCUUGGUGCCAGUCACGCGGAGCACAUCUCCGUCGAUUUGCACAUCCAAAUGCCGGUUCAAAUCGACACCCGUCAGAUCCGCCAAGAGGUACACAGCUCCAUCGCGACCUUCAUGCACUUCGUAGCGCGGAGUCCACUCGGGGAUGUGUGACUCCUCCUCAGCACCUUCAUCUUCCUCCUCGUUGUCCAUGUCUUCGUCGUCACAUUCGUCGUCAUCAACCUCGCUGGUGUGGUCGUCGGUUUGGUCGUUGGAAUCCAUUUCAUCGUUGUUGACAUCUUCAGCACGCGCGGUCUCCUCCUCCUCCGUCGCGUCAAGGUUGUCGGAGGUCACGUUUAAUGUCGAGGCGCCGUCUGUCGCCGCAUCAGAGGAGGGAAACAGGGUGGCGUGGAAAUCAACGAGCUUGUCGCAUCGAACUUUCAUCGCAUCAGCAAGGACAAGUUCGUCUUGGAUGCGCAGAACGAGUCGCUUUCGUUCUUGUCGGAUCUCCAUGUCGCCAUCGCUUUCGACAAGGUCCAAGUCGCAGAGCAACCGGGUUAAACGUUCGCCUUGCUCAAGCACUCGGAAGCGGUAAUUGCUGACUUGAAGUUUGCACUUCUUGACGUGGGUUGGCGCGUUGUCGUGAUGCGCAACGCAGAGCCACUUGGUUGCGGCGAGCUCGGCCGCUAUGAUGCCAUGUUGGUUGGGCAGGCGUGUGGUUAGGAUGUCGUGGAUACGGUCGACAUGCUCCUUGACGACUGCCAACUGGCUUCGAGCUUUCAUGGCGUUCGUUGUCAUGUUUGUGAGAUGUUGAUCAAAUUGAAGAAUGACUGAUGCGGCGACGGACUCUGCAUGCCAUUGCCGGCAUCGUCCUAGAAUUUCCCCGGCGUUUCAUGAAAUUACCGUGCUGUGCUCGAAUUUUC